AUGUCAGGUCGCGGAAAAAGAGGAAAGGGUUUGGGAAAGGGAGGAUCAAAGAGGCACAGAAAAGUGCUUCGCGACAACAUCCAGGGAAUUACCAAGCCUGCAAUUCGCCGUUUGGCCAGAAGAGGCAGUGUGAAGAGAAUUAGUGGUCUCAUCAAUGAAGAAACUCACGGUGUUCUCAAGAUCUUUCUCGAGAAUGUUAUUCGUGAUGCUGUCACCUACACUGAGCAUGCUAGAAGGAAAACUGCCACCGCCAUGGAUGUUGUUUACGCUCUAAAGAGGCAGGGAAGGAAUCUUUACGGUUUCGGUGGUUGA